AUGGGUGAUUACUUCCGCGAUGCGUCAAAGGCAAUUCGAGAUGUAAAUUCGACUCGAGGCAACAAGCCCUUCAUUCGUGGAUUGGUGCUCUGCACCUGCGGCCCCACAGGCCGUAUUCCUAAAAGCGUCGCAAUGCUCAGGAUGAUGGUAGAAUCAAACAUCUUCGAUUUUGUUCUCGUCUUUAGCGGCGUGUCUACCAUAGAUAACUUGGUUAUCCAUGCUCUUAAUCGUUUCGUCGAGAAUGUUUUCGUAUACAACAUGGGGCCAUGGGAUGCACUCUUGCAAUCAUUUGGAGAGGACCGACACGCCCUUGACGCAUCUCCCGUUGUCCUGUGCUUCGCGGACCAUAUGCAGAAAGGCACAAUCUAUAAUCGCGUCGUGGAAUGCCGCAUGCUGGUCCUAUCAAGCUUCACCGAUGCGCGGCCAUGGGGACUAGAUAUGUAUUGCUGCCCCGAGUGCGCAGGUCCGUCUCAAAAUAUUCAUUUCAAUGCUUUUGGGCGAAAGUAUUACGGAUCGAGGUGGUUGGACACAAAAAUGAAGAUUUAUUGUCGCCAGUGCAAAACAUCAACUGUCAAUAUAUCUGCGCCAAGGUGGAUUUAUAGUUGUCGCACGGACAGCCUAUAUCGUGUGUGGUACAACUGGCCUUUGACAAACUCACAACUAAGCGAGAUUGGUGUCCGUCACUGA